UUGAGGAAAUCUUGAAAUGUUGACUCUUUCCAUGCUAAUAUUAAUCCUGUCUGUUUGCAUCCUUCAAAGUACGUAUAUAUCUUCAACCUCAAACCCUCAUAUAUGCCAUGAAAACCAACCCCAUAAUUCUGUAAAAGAAUUUGCAGGUUUUAGCACAGCAGCGAUCAUGGGAUCUAACUGGGCACAGAAAACAAUUUCCCUUCCUCCCAAGAAAAGAGGCUGCCAUCUCGUUACCUCUCAAGUUGUAAAAGAGAUUCAAUCAGAGUUACAAGGAUUCAAGAUUGGACUCGCACACUUUUUCUUGCAACACACAAGUGCAUCACUGACAAUAAAUGAGAACUACGAUUCAGAUGUUCAGCAUGAUACAGAAACUUUUCUCAACAGGAUAGUUCCUGAGGGAAGGUCAGCUCCAUGGAGGCAUGUUAUGGAAGGAACUGAUGACAUGCCAGCACACAUAAAGUCUUCAUUGUUUGGUUGCUCUCUUACUAUACCAAUUAAAGAUGGGCAUCUUAACAUGGGAACAUGGCAGGGAAUUUGGCUUUGUGAGCACAGAGAUCAUGCUAGUUCCCGCUCUAUUGUAGUUACAAUGAAUGGAAUGCCUGCAUGAAUAAUCAAGUCAUUACUUAUGGUUGAAUUUGGUAUAAAUGAUAUCUUUAUCAAUAAACUUAUAACGAUCUUUCAAUGUAAAUUUUAUAUGGUAAAUAUGGAAGUUUUUUGGCUCUAUCAUUGUAUUGCUUGGAGAACCAAUACUUCGGAAGUUUUUAAGAAGCUUCCAAGUGUAAUUUGAUUGUUUGUCCUGGUGUCAUGUUUAUAGCCAAUUUUCUUUUCCUUGAAUCUGAAGAAUUUAUAAAACUGUAAACUGUUAUAUAACUGUUUUAAAAUUCCUUCAUUAUUAUAAGAAAA